AUGGCGGUUGUUGUGGACAACCCCAGAGAGAAUUCCCAGGAAGGAGAACUGGGACUCGAUGAUCAACAGCUGGGGAAUUCAGCUGGAGGAGAUAACCAGCCUGGUGGGGCUGGCGAGGAAGAAGAACCCCAGGGCAACUCGGAUGGAGGAGCCUCUGAGGGUGAUGGCGUUCGGGAUGACCAGCGGGUCGAAGAGGAGGCAGCUGUGGAAGAGGAAGCUGCCCAGGAGUCCUCAGGCUUUGCUGGCCAGAGGCCAUUCAGCCCUGACCUGAAGGAGAGGGUCAGGCAACUAGAGAAGCAGCUGGCAGACCUGGUAGCUGGGAAGGCGAAGACAGGUAGCUCUUUCCAGGGGGUCAAGCUGAGGCCAGCUGAUCCACCUAAGUAUGCAGGUGGUAACAAAGACGUUGUCAAGGACUGGCUAGCCACGAUGGUACAGUGGUUAGGCUCAGGCAGCUGUGUGCCAGAGCAGAGGGUUCCCCUUGCCCAGACUUUCUUGACAGGAGGUGCAGCCAGUCUCUGGAGAGCUAAGAGUGCUGCCCUCCAAGCCCAGGAUGUUGAUAUCCAGGAUUGGAAUGUCUUCGCCAGGACCCUGGAGCAGGCCUUUGGGCACCAGGAUCCAGAGCAGAAUGCAAGGGACAAGUUGGAUGUCCUCAAGCAGACUGGCUCAGUGGAGGAUUAUGCUAACAAGUUCCAAUCUUUGGUGGCUGAGAUUGUUGCUAUGCCUCCCUCAGAGGGUGACUUGCUGCAGAAGUUCAGAAAUGGGCUGAAGCCAGACAUUCAGAUGGCAGCAAGCAUUGAUCCUGUCACAGGCACUAGGUGGAUGAACUUGCAGAAGUUCAUUUCUUUUGCUUGUGCUACUGACGCUUCUAGGGCCCAGGCUACUAAAGGGAAGCAGGCUAGUGACAAGUCAGAGCAGGGGAAGUCCUCUGGCUCAGUGGCUAGUUACAAGGAGAAGCUCAAGGGCAAGAGGCCUAAUGAGUCAUCCCAGAGCCAGCCAGCCAAGAAGCCUAAGACAGGCCAGGAUAAGCAGAAGUCAGAGCAGAAGGCUAAGGAUUGGGAGCACAAUUCGUGCUUCCUUUGCCAUAAGCCAGGCCACAGGGCUAAGGAGUGCCCUGAUAGGCCUAAGAAUAGCAGAGUGGAUUUUGCGAAGGCCAAAGCCGCCAAUGCUUUCUGCUAUGCAGAUAAGAAGCUGGCUGAGCUUCUGAAGGAGUACGAGGAUGUCUUCAAGCUGGAGCUACCUCGUGGGCUGCCUCCUGAGCGGAACGUGGGUCACUCCAUCCCAGUGGAACCGGGUGCCCCGCCUCCGUUUCGGCCAAUGUAUCGGCUGAGCCCAGUGGAGCAGGCAGAGGUUAAGUCGAAGCUAACCGAUCUUUUAGAGAAAGGUUUGGUUGAGCCGAGUACUUCUCCUUAUGGUGCGCCAAUCCUGUUCGUUGGCAAGAAGGAUGGUUCUUUACGUAUGGUUUAG